AUGACAUGUUCAGACGACAGUUUUAAGAUGAGCUUAGCCAUAGACCGCUCAUGGCUCAUCGUGUUCAGUGGAAACAGGGCAGAAUCUGGUGGUGCUAAUGAAAAUUCAGAAUCUGGUGGUGGUGGUAUAAAUAAUCCCGAUGAUAGUAGUUACUUGAGUGAGCAUGAUAAUGUGGUUAAUGCAUCUAAUGUUGAAAGUUUAAAUGUUUGUGAAAACCCAAAUUCUCGUGUUGAUAUUUUUGAUCCAAGAAAUUGUUCAAAUAUGCUUGCUUUAGCUAAUGAUGGUUAUAAUGACUGGAAGCAUCUUAGUGAGAGACUUAAAGAUCAUGAGAAAAGUGUAGAGCAUAUGAAUAACAUGAAAACUUGGAAAGAGCUGAAAGUUAGAUUUGAGAAGAAUCUCACAAUUGAUAAACCACUACAGAAAGAAAUUGCUAAAGAGAAAGAACGUUGGAGGUUUGUCUUAGCUAGAAUAAUUGCUGUUGUAAAAUUUCUUGCUAAAAGAAAUCUAGCUUUUCGUGGAAAAAAUGAAAAACUUUACCAAGAUAACAAUGGUAAUUUCUUAGGUGCUAUUGAAAUGAUUGCAGAAUUUGAUUUGAUAAUCCAAGAUCAUAUUAGACGCAUUCAUAGUCAUGAAAUUCAUUGUCAUUAUCUUGGUCAUAAUAUUCAAAAUGAGUUUAUCUCUCUUUUGGCUCAUAAUGUUCAGCUUUCCAUCGUUAAAACCAUUAAAGAGUCUAGGUACUUUUCUGUCAUUCUUGAUUGCACACCGGAUGUGAGCCAUCAAGAGCAAAUGACUUUGAUAAUUCGAUGUGUGAAAAUAUCAAACAGAAAAGCAAGUGUAGAAGAGUACUUCUUAGAGUUUCUAAAGGUGGAUGACACCACUGGUUUAGGUCUCUUUGAUAAGUUACUAGAUGCUUUAAAGUCUCUUACUCUUGAGUUUGAGAAUAUUAGAGGUCAAGGUUAUGAUAAUGGUUCUAACAUGAAAGGAAAACAUCAAGGUGUUCAAAAGCGAUUACUUGAUGUAAAUCCAAAAGCUUUGUAUAUGCCGUGUGCUUGUCAUAGUCUGAAUCUUGUGGUUAGUGAUAUGGCUCAUUCAUGUGUAAAAGCUAUUUCUUUCUUUGGAAUUGUGCAACGCAUAUAUGCAUUAUUUUCUAGUUCUUCUAAGAGAUGGAAAAUUUUGCUUGAUCAUGUUCCUUGCUUUACUGUAAAAUCUUUGUGUAACACACGUUGGGAGAGUCGAAUUAAAAGUGUCAAAGCUAUUAGGUUCAAAGCUCCACAAGUAAGAUCAGCUUUAUUGGAAUUAUAUGAGUCUUGUGAUGAUGCUAUGACAAAGAGUGAUGCUGAAAGUUUGAUCAUGGCAUUUGAUAAUUUUGAAUUUAUCCUUGGCAUUGUUAUUUGGUAUGAUAUUUUGUUUGCCAUUAACUCAGUGAGUAAGAAUUUACAGUCUAAAUCAUUUUGCAUUGAUAAUGCUUUAAAACAAUUGCAAGGUGUGUGUUUGUUUUUUGAGAAGUAUAGACAUGAAGGGUUUAGUUCUAGUUUGAGUAUAGCUCAAACUAUUGCUCGUGAUAUGGAUGUAGAUCCUAUAUUUCCACAGAAGCGUCGUGUUUUCAGAAAAAAACAGUUUGAUGAAAUUGGUUUGGAUGAGGAAAUACAAUCUAGUGAAGAUGCAUUUAGAGUCAAUUACUUUUUGGUUGUGGUGGACAUGGCAAUCACUUCGGUGAAGACCAGAUUUGAUCAAAUGAAAACUUUUGAAAGUGUUUUUGGUUUCUUAUUUGAUUCGAAAAAGUUAAAGACAUUACAUGAUAGUGAUUUACAAGAGCAUUGCUGUAACUUAUGCAAAACUUUUUCUCAUGGUAACUCGUCGGAUGUUGAUUCAGAUGAUCUUUUUUCAGAAUUGAGAGUGCUUCAAACGACUUUACCUGAUGUGUCAAUGGAACCUACUGAAGUUCUUGAGUUUGUUGAAGAUAUUGGUUGUUAUCCAAAUGUUUCAAUUGCAUAUAGAAUCAUGUUAACUAUACCGGUGACAGUCGCUUCAGCGGAGAGAAGCUUUUCAAAACUAAAAUUAUUGAAAAAUUAUCUAAGAUCUUCAAUGUCUCAAGAAAGGUUGAAUGGUUUAGCUAUUUUGUGCAUCGAAAAGAACAUAUUGGAGAGCAUUGAUACUGAAACUAUUAUUCAUGAUUUUGCAUCGACUAAAACUCGUAAAAAUAGGAUUUUGUGA